ACGGACACGUGUCUGUCACGUGGUCGCAGGACACGCCCCCGCCGUUGUCACUGCUGCUGCUGUUGCUGAAGUUUCUAUGAUGGCGGCCAGUAAUUAUUAUGGAUUCACGCAUGCAGCAGCCGCUGCCGCCGCCGGCCCGCAGUACAGCACCCAGCCUCCUCCUGUGUAUUCCCAUCCAACCACGGGCAGCUAUAGCGUCCAGCCCGCCCCUGGAGUGGCCCAUGCGGUGACGGCCUCGUACCCUGCUGCCACCGCCCAACCAGCAAGUCCCGUGGUAACCGCCCCUUACCCCACGUACCAGCCCCAUCCCGCACCCAACUACGGCUUCCGGCAGCCCGAAACAUCCCCACAACUGACGCCCACCCCUCAAACUUACCAGGUGUUGGCUGAACCGGAGAAUUAUAGCUACGGUCGACCACCACCAGUCAGCAGCUACGAGAACAAGCAGUACUUUCAAACGAGCAUUGCACCUGCUCCGAGAACCGCAACCGAGGCCUACUUCCAGACAGGGCUGAAAAGUGGCUACAGCCCCAUGAGUACAGCGUACAGUCAGCCGCCUGUUCAAAGGCAGGUCGCAGCUCUCAAACCCCCUCCCGCAGUGAGCUCUGUGUCUUCUAGCUACACCAUCUACCCCACGUCAACUAGCGUACAGCAAACUCCAGCCCCCAUAUCCACUUACACCCCUAGUUCUUCCUUCAACUCCACAGCUGCGACAUCCUACUCCGCCGGUCUCAGCUAUUCCAACUAUGAGUCUAGCGUUUACACAUCCACGCCUUCGUACUUCCAGCCGGCGCAGUUGACGCCCCCACAGGCACAGCCUCAACCGCCCCGCCAGCAGCCACAACAGCCUCCACCGCCGCAGCAGACACAACAACCUCCCAAACAGCUCUCCAACUCCUCCUGGAGCAACACGGGCAGCGGCGCACUCACCAGCUCCACCGUCAACACGUACAAGAAACCCGUUUUCCAUCAGAACAAGAUCCUGAAGCCCAAAGGUCCACCUAAACAGCCACAGCUGCACUAUUGCGAUAUCUGCAAGAUUAGCUGUGCUGGUCCACAGACGUAUCGAGAACAUUUGGAAGGACAGAAGCACAAGAAGAAAGAGGCGGCUCAGAAGAGUGGUAGUCAGGUGACUAACGGACCUCGCGGUGUCCAGACACAGCUGCGUUGUGAAUUGUGCGAUGUCUCGUGCACCGGCGCCGAUGCAUAUGCCGCACACAUCCGGGGAUCCAAGCACCAGAAGGUGGUAAAGUUGCACACCAAACUUGGCAAACCCAUCCCUUCCACGGAGCCCGUUUUUGUGAACUCUGCCCCUGCUGCUGUGACGAUGACUACUAGCAAGACAGCAGCGAAAACCACUCCUACCCCAACAUCGGUUGCGCAAAAGACGCCAGCGGUGACUCUUUCCAAACCUGUGGCAUCUCCUGCCAAGAAACCUGCCACUGCUAAAGUUGCCAUUAUCGGCAGCAGAACGUCCACACCAGCUCCGGUAAACCUGGAGGAGGUGAAGCCAACUGUGGUGAAGACGGACACUUUGAGCGAUGAUGAGGACGGUGAUGGGACUGGAGCUCAAGGAGACAUUCAGCCUGUGGGACACGAUUAUGUUGAAGAAGUUCGAAAUGAUGACGGAAAGGUGAUUCGCUUUCACUGUAAGCUGUGUGAAUGCAGUUUCAAUGAUCCCAAUGCUAAAGACAUGCACCUGAAGGGACGGAGACACCGGCUGCAGUACAAGAAAAAAGUGAACCCAGACCUCCCAGUGGAGAUCAAGCCCAGUAAUCGAGCACGAAAACUUCUGGAAGUCAAACUGCGAAAGCAGAAACAGAAAUCUGUGCUGAAGAGACAACAAGAGGACGAACAGCGCUGCAGGAGGUACGAGGGGGACAUGUAUUGGAGGAGGAUGGAGGAUGAGCAGUUAUACUGGGUGGAGAUGAGGCACAGAAUGGCUCCGCCCCCUCUCAUGGGCCGACCCAGCAUCCCGGUGCCUCCCCUAUUGCCUGUGCGGCGUCCUGAUUCGCCCGACGACCGCUACAUCAUGGCCAAACACUCGGCCAUAUACCCCGUGGAGGAGGAGCUUCAGGCCGUCCAGCGAAUCGUGUCUCAUUCUGAGCGCGCUCUCAAACUGGUGUCUGAUUCGCUGCUGGAGAAGGAGGCGUGUGGUGCAGAUGAAGACAACGACGUGACGGACAAACUGUCGGAGUCACAGGCUCGUGUUCUCAAAGGAGUCAUGCGUGUGGGAAUCCUGGCUAAAGGUCUCCUUCUGCGCGGCGACCGCAACGUCCAGCUCAUCUUGUUGGCAGCCAAGAAACCCACCACCUCUCUGUUGAGAACCGUUGCAGAACAACUGCCCAAACAGCUAGCGACCUUUUCUGAAGAUCAGUAUGAGGUGCAGGUACACCCUGAGGAAGCCAACAUCGUCAUUUUUUCAAGCAAGGAACCAAAAAUGCAGGUCACCAUCUCUCUUACCUCGCCAGUGAUGCGCGGAGAUCCCGUCCCCAACAUGGAGAAAGCAUCAGAGAAAGACCCUCUGGAUGUUCUCAGCAGGACCAAGUGCCUUGAGUAUUUAGCAGCUCUGCGACAUGCUAAAUGGUUUCAGGCUCGAGCGAACGGUCUUCAGUCUUGCGUCAUCGUUAUUCGGGUUCUGCGGGAUCUGUGUCAGCGUGUACCUACCUGGGGCAAGAUGCCUGACUGGGCCAUGGAGCUGCUUGUUGAAAAAGCCAUUAGCAGUGCAUCGGGUCCACUCAGUCCUGGAGAAGCUCUGCGGAGGGUCCUCGAAUGCAUCGCCACCGGGGUUCUCCUGCCAGAUGGUCCAGGUCUUCUCGACCCGUGUGAGAAAGGUCAAACAGAUGCUCUGGGAAGCGUUUCAAAACAAGCUCGGGAGGAUGUGACCGCCAGUGCCCAGCAUGCGCUGCGACUGCUGGCUUUCCGUCAGAUCCACAAAGUCCUCGGCAUGGGCUCGCUGCCAGUCUCCAAGGCCGGAGCUCGAAACCGCAAGAGACGACGCGACGGCAGCGACACCGGCGAGGGAGAAGCCGAUGGAAAGAAGGAUAAAAAAGACGAUCUCACAUCCCUUGAGACCUCUGUGUAAUCCUCGCAAGCUGUUAUGUCCUUGGAAAUGUAUAAAUAUCACUCGAAGGGGAAAAAAUACAACAUCCGAUGGUUCCUUUUUUCAAAAGGACAAGAGAUGGAAAAAAACUUAGUCGUUCCUCUUUUAAUGAUGCAAUACGUUUUUCUAUUACAUUUGAGCUGAAAAUAGGCCCAAAUGCAGCAGGCGCACCCCUUUGUCAGAGCAUCAUAUGAUGAGUGAAUGUCGCUGAUGAUCAGCGACCAAAAUAAUAAUAUAUAAAGUUACUGAACGUCACAUCAGCUCUAUUAGGCACUUUGACAUAUUAAUGGCACUUAAUUAAAAGCUUUAAUUAUCCAGUCACAGGCCAGUCUUUUUUGUUUACAUCAUAUAUAUAUAUAUAUUAUUUUAUUUUAUUUUUACAGUGGGACCCAAAACUCUGUCCACAUUGACAUUUUUAUUUCCCAGACAUUUUAAAAAUAAAUGUUUUAUUAUUUUGAAAAAUGUAAAAUGACCAUCAUAGCUAAAAAUUUAUACGAAUCAAUUACUAAUAAAAUUACGGUAAUUUAGUGACAAUGCAAUAUGUAAGCAGAUGGACAUUGCUGUCAAAUUUUUUGGCAGAAAAUACAAUUUAAUUGUUUUUAUCCUGGAAAAAUUAUUAAAAUAU